AUGGCCAGGAAGGUGCAGAAGGUUGCCCAUGUCUGGGGCAGGAUCUGCCUGCUGGUCUCUUUCCUCCUCCAGCUCCAGGGAGCCCAGGCAAAAUGUUAUUUCCAGGCGCAAGCUCCCUGUCACUACGAGGGGAAGCAGUUCACCCUGGGGGAGUCCUGGCUCAGCACCACCUGCCUGCUCUGUACCUGCCUCCACCCCGUUGGCGUGGGCUGCUGCGAGAUCACCCAGCACCCGAUCGAUUUUCCAGACUGGUGCAUGGCCCACUACGACUCACAGACCUGCCAGAUUUCAGUGGUGCAGAAAGCCAACCCCAGCCUGCCAUGUGUGAACAGCAUGGAGCGUGAGUGGGGCUCGGCCGGCACCUUGGAGCCAAUGAUCAACAAGGUGCUAGAGACGCGGCUGAGCAGGUAGAGGUGGGGAUGUGCC